UUGAGCUAACAAACUCUAUCAAAAUUGCGUACCAAACGAUGAGCGCACGCUCAGUGUCGCCCAAGGUGCUGCUGGACAUAAGCUACAAGCCAACGCUGCCCAAUAUAAUGGAGCUGCAGCAUAAUGUCAUCAAGCUUAUACAAGUGGAGCAGCAGGCCUUUAUGCACACUCUGGGGCAGCAACAGCAGCAACCACAAUAUAUGCCACAGCAGCAACAACAGCAGCAAUAUACGCCGCUGCCUUCGCUCGCCUCCAAUGCUGCAGAUUAUGCUGCCUAUGGCAUUACGGAGCUGGAGGAUACGGAUUAUAAUAUACCCAGCAAUGAGGUGCUCAGCACCAGCAGCAAUCACAGCAGCCUGGAGCUGAACAACAAUCAAAACAAUUUCGAGCAGCAGCAGCAGCAACAGACGCCAAAUGCUGCAACUGGCGCUGCUGUUGCCGCAGCUGCUUCUCCACAUGGCUAUAUGCUCAAUGAGCAUGGCAAGCGGGCACGCAGCAGCAGCGACUACGAUUGUCCUGCCGAUGCCAUGUCCAUGCAGCUGCAGCCGGAGCAUAAGAAAUUGCUGCAACAGCAGCAGCAGCAACAGCAACAGCAGCAACUCUAUGUGGACUACUUGCCCACCACUGUGGAUGAGGUGGCAUCGGCGCAAACUCAGUCGCAAUCACAGCCGCCCGCACAGCAAACUGCCUGCAUUUCUCCUCACUCCCACUCCCAUUCGCAUUAUGACUUUGCCGCCGACGAGGAGCUGCAGGAGCACAAGGCCAACAUAUUCAAAUACGGCGUCUAUCCGCAAACGAUUGCGCAUCAGCAGCAACAGCAGCAGCAACAGUUACACUUCCAAGGCAACUAUAGAAGUCAAAACUAUGAUGCCUAUGAGCCAGCCAAUAGCCUGAAUGGCAGCGCCUACUCCAGCUCCGAUCGCGAUGAUAUGGAAUAUGCGCGUCAGACGGCGCUGAGCUCAGUGGGCGGCUAUGGCAAGGAGGACGAGCUGGACGGCAUGUCACCGGUGCCUUGUUUAGGAGACGACAGCAGCAGCCUGCUGGAUGGAGCUGAUGGAGCAGCGGGCAAAGCUUUUCGCAAGCCACGACGCCGCCUGAAACGCAAGCCCAGCAAAUGCGAGGACACCGAUGAGUUUAGCAAUCAGCGCGUGAUGGCAAAUGUGCGGGAGCGGCAGCGCACCCAAAGCCUCAACGAUGCAUUCAAGGCAUUGCAGCAAAUUAUACCGACACUGCCCAGCGAUAAAUUGAGCAAGAUACAGACGCUCAAACUGGCAACAAGAUAUAUAGACUUUCUGUGCCGCAUGCUAAGCUCGAGUGAUAUAUCGCUGCUGAAGGCGCUGGAGGCGCAAUCCUCGCCAGUUUCGCCUGGAUAUGGCAACGCCAGCACUUUGCUGAGCGCUGCCAAUGGCGCCGAGGCGGAUCUGAAAUGUUUGCGCAAGGCAAAUGGCGCGCCCAUUAUACCGCCCGAGAAGUUGAGCUAUCUGUUUGGUGUCUGGCGCAUGGAGGGUGAUGCACAGCAUCAGAAGGCUUAAGGGUCCGAGUACAUGGACUUGCAACGGGGGCUUCCAGUUAACAACAAUGGCGUGAAUAAUUCCAAUUGCGAGUGCCAGCCAGCGCACUUGCAGCACUUUCCAUAUCUUAUAGAUAACUAAGUUUAAACAAUUUAUUUAAAACACAAAAGCUAAACUGCUACAAUCAAGUGUAACCUAUAUGUUAGUUUUAGUUUAUGUAUGUAGCGUUAACUAAAUUAAAAUUGUAUAAAGUAAACA